AUGAUGGAUCGACACUAUCCCCCGGAGCCAUCGUACUCCACCAUCAAAGUGACCUCAGGUUCCAAAGGCCCAAUCAAAUCUUCGGUUUCCACCAUUAUAGAAUCGGCCAAGCGUGUCCAUACCUCCAAGACCGCUUCGUCCCUUCUCCCUGGUGCAAGCGGACCUUUGCUUGGAAACAAGCUCACCUCCAACUCUUCCGAAUACACCACCGCCUCGGCCCUUGUCUAUCCUUUCUCACCAGGAGAAGCGCCACCCGUCGAGCCAAGCUUGUUCGCCUAUUCGUCAACCUCCUCUGUCAACAAACUGCCCAAGAGACUCAAAAACAGCAAUGCCAGUAUCUACACUGCCCAAACUAAGGCAAGCACACGCACAAAGAGUACAGAACGCGCCACCAUCCGCAAUGCUCGCGGAGAGAUCGAGUGGAAGGAUGCACCUCCGGUUCCUCCCGCUCUCGCCUCUUCUUCGCGCCACCAUCUUUCGGCCAUGCCUUCUGGCUCGCAUUCACGACGGACCCCUUCGCCUUAUGAUGAAUUGGCGCCCAGAUCGCGCACGCGCUCAAAUGGUGCGCUUAGCCGUGCCUACGACGAAUCUCGUCCUACAGCCAGAUCUCAACCAGCAGACAUCCCCUACAAAGCGAUUGGAAGCAUUUCGGUGCCCUUGUCCCUACAGCGGCCCAGAAACAGACGCAGAUCCACAGAUGACGCUGACGGAUUCCACACGGCCGACGAAGAAGACCUCGAAGCGCGCGAAUGGGAGCGCAAGCGAGAGCGUCAGAUGGCAGCCGAUCGAUACGAAGUCCAUCAACGUCAACAGGCGCGCGAAGAGGAAGAGCGACGUGCUCGGAAACGUGCCGAACGCGAUCGACUCGUGUUAGAAGCCAGGGAAAGAGAACGUGAAGCCGAGGCCAAAGCACACGCCGAACGAGAAGCACGUAGACUCGCUCGCGAGCAGGCCGAAAAGAAAGAGGCAGAGCGCAAAAGGCUUCAGCACGAAGAAGCACAACGUAGGCGCAUCGAAGCUCAAAAGGCCGCAGCAGAGGAACGCGAGCGCAAGGAACGCGAAGCAGAGCAAAGAAGAGCGAAAAGAAAGCAGCAGGCAGAGGAACGUCGCAUCCGUGAGGAGCAAGAAGCUCAAGAACGUCGCAAGCAUGAGGAGCAAGAAGCCAUCCGUAAAGCCGAGGAAAGGGCAAAGCGUCAAGAAGAGAAGCGACUUGCUGCCAUCGAGCGCAAGAAGCGCGAAGAAGAAGAAGCCAUUCGCAGAGCUGAAGAAGAGGUCAGGCGUAAGGAAGAAGAGCGACUGGCUGCUAUCGAGGCUGAAAGGCUCGCCAGAGAAGCCGCGAUUCGAGCCGAGCGCGAAGCAAUACUCGAGAAAGCGCGUCAGCUCGAAGAAGCAAAGCGUCAGGUCGAAGAAGAAGAUCUUGCAGCUAUUCGUGCCGGUCGCGCCGCAGAUCAAAGUGCUCACCUCGCCCUUGCAGCCGGCUUCCCCUCUGCAGACCCAGAGCUUAAUGCAAACCUGAUCGGCAGCGACAACGAAGCUUCUGAUACCGCUUCAGACGUGUUUGUUGAUGCAGGGACUGCGGAAGAGACGGGCACUGAACCCAAAAGUGCCACUACCGACUCUAUGGCACGCUCCACGUCCAACCUCGAGACGCCUUCUAGCACAGACGGUAGCUCGGAUAUGCCUACCACGCCAAGGGACGAGAACGGACUUGCGAUUAUGCCGCCCAUUUCUUCUAUAUCGGACCUUGAAAGGCACUCGUCUUCCAACCUCGGACACGGCCAGGUCAAGUUUGCUGCAGGGACCAAUGGCAAAGCUACACCAAUUGCCGCAAUCGUCACUUCUGUUCCGCUGAAAAUGGCACCAAAUAGGUCCGAUCGCUUCCGUAAUGCUGUCACGAUCGGUGCAAGGACGAACGCCCCAGCCGCCUCCGAUAGCGCCGCAGACCGAACCAUCGUGCCUUCCAUCUCGCUUCUCACAGCCACGUUUGCAGCCACAGAAGGUGAAGACGACGACGAUGACGUCGAAGACAAGGAGCAAACCAGCUACCACAAGGUGAAGCCCAUCGGCCCGUAUCGUGAGGGCGGUGUUACUUAUGGAAAUGGUUGGUGUGCUCACGGGCUCGCGGACCCCUCCCUUACCAUCGAUCACCGAAGAUACGUUCGCGUACCACGCAGUGCGGCAGAUACGAACCAGAACACCGAAUCAACCGGUCUACAAUUUGACGAAGUCAUGUACAGCGACCUUGGUGAGCUCAUCUGGUCGGCUACCACGCCUGACGUGAUCGCCCGUCUGAUUUCCUACCUCGAUUACACUGAUGUCAAGGCGCUUCGUCAAACUUCCCAAUCCAUCCGCUUUGCCCUAAGCCAGCUCGCUGGUCGUGAAAUUGUCCUCGCUCGCUUCCUUUCGUGCGUCGGCUACGAGGCGUGGACACCUGCCGAGGUGGAUGGCAAGGUGGUGGAUAAGGAUCCUUUCCCGCUAAGCUUCAGCGACUGCGAAGGUUUCCUGCUCAGCUCUGAACUCCUUCCCGAAUACGCUCUGGUCGGAGCCGAGUGGACAAGAGCACCGCACAAGAUGGAUCCUCGAUACCCAAGGAUAGCUCGUGCCUCGACUCGUGCGUACAAUCGCGUACUGACAAGGUUGAGGAUGCAGCCCAACUUCCGCGUGCCAAAUCCGAUCAAGCAGCAAGCUGGAGCAUCGGCAGAGACGAUGGUCAUGAGUCCAUGGAAGCCUGGUCGUGCCGGGUUCUUCCGUGCCUGGGUUCCAUCUGCCGAGGCAGGCGGAUGGCUGAGCGAUACCGAGCUUGCACGAUGCGAGCGAGAGCUAUUGAUUGCAGGAGUGUUAUCUCAUCUUAAAAAAGGCGACGUGGUGUGGGACUGCGCCGUUGGCGACGAACGUAACGAGGGCAAGUACGUGUUUGAUGGGCGAUAUCUGCGCGAUCUCUCGUUCAUGUUUGACCGAGGUGGACAUCUGCCUUCUUGGUUGAAUGCCUUUGGCUUUGCACCGAGCUACUACCACAAUAUUGUCCGCUCGAGCGACGCCUCUCAGCCCGUUGUUUACCUGGACGUGCUCCCCUGGCGCGAUCAGAUUGUCACGACGAUGCGAUUGGUGCAGGAUCAGGUGGAAACAUUCUCACCCCAGGGCGCACGCUACCGGAUUUCGAAAUGGCUCUACCGUGCCGUGAUCAACGUGGUUCCUGGAGCGAUCAUUUCCGAUGAAGGGCUCGAAGUGGUAGACGCAGGAUGGCACGGCAAGAUCGUCAUCGAAACAGAGGGAACGGCGGAGCAUGCAAAGGAGUUGAUUGCGCGCUGUGCUGGUCCGGCCGAGUCGGCGCGGAUUAAAGCGAGGUUGUUGGCCAGCGUUAUGAAUGUAGACGCGGAACCGAACGUUCCAAAAGCUCCGGCGCCAACCAAGGACGACAAGGGCAAUAGGGUCGAGACAACAACGCCAUGGGCUAUCGUCCGUGCUAGGAGCCGGCCUGGCUUGAUCUGGAUUCGACCGAUGGACAUCCGCGAACGGGUCGUCUUCUAA